GUUUUUUAGAAUUGUGAAAAUUCUUCUUUUGUUUUAGCCCGAAAGACUUUAUUUACUUGAAAAGGUGUUCAAGCCAAAAAUUCGAUCACCUCAUGACUUAAAUAAAGUAUUAGAAAUAUUAAUUGGUGAUUACAUGAACCAAAUCUAUAAUACACUUCAUGAACAAACAACAAACCCUAAAAAUAUUAAUGAUAGUAGUGAAAUGUUAGAAUAUGUUUAUCGUGAUCUGUUUUUAUGGGCAUUAUUAACUCAUCGUAUUGAAAUGGCUAAAUUAUUUCUAACAAAUAUGAAAACUCGAAUAUGUGCAGCAUUAAUUGUAUCAAAAAUUUUAAAAACAUAUCAAUCUUAUGCAUCGGAUAACGAUUCUAAAGGGAUAUUAAAAACUGAAGCGGAUGAUUUUGAAUCAUACGCAAUUGAAUGUGUGCGAUGUUGCUAUAAUUAUGAUAAAUUAAAAGCAUGUGAAAUAAUCAUUAGACAAAUAAAAUUCUUUGGUUCUGUUACAUGUUUACAAGUUGCUAUUGCUGCCGAUGAUAAAGCAUUUGUUCACGAAGAGACAUGCCAUCUUCUUCUCACAAACAUUUGGUUUGACAAGAUCGAUCCAGUACAAACGUCAACGAAGGAGAUAAUUAAAAUUUUUAUUAGUCUUCUAACAUUGGGUAUGAUGGCUCAUUCAUUAGUUUUAUUUCGCACAGUAGAAACUAGUGAUAGUAAAGUUUCUCAACCAAGUUUGAAGGUAAAUGAAAUAAGUAUAAUUUUGCUUGUGAACGUGAGAAAAACAGGAUCCCAUAUCUAGCAGCUAAUCAUAGAAAAGUAACGGAAAACGAUCAAGGUAUUAGAAUAUGAAAAAUUUAUGCGAUAUGACAUGAUAUAUAGUCACGGAAUACUGUAACUUUAACGAAAUUGUUGAAAUAGAACAAGAAGUACGGAAGAGCUCAGAUAUUUGAAAUAGUGCCAAACUUGUCAUGAUGAAGCGCCUCUUUCGAAGAUAAUUACUCAUUGAUACUUGAUCGAUCCUCUCACCUCUUCUCAGGCUAAAGUACCUUACACAUUUUUCCUACUGCCCCGAAAGACUUUCCAGCAACGCUGUUUGUGUUAUAACUUUGUCAUUUCAAGAGAUGAAAAGUUCAAACUGCUUCUACAAAUACUACUCACCAAUAUGAACAUCUUUUGUAGCAAAAGAUUUUUCUCCAGUGUUCUGGCUUUUUAAGAAAAAUUAUAUAAAAACGCGAUCGUUGAUGCUUUUCCCAUUGAAAUAUCUCUAUGAAGACAAAAUGAAACUUAACAAUCUGGAUCCCCAAUCUCUUGUCUGUCUAAUGGUGAAAACCACAGGACUUCAGCUGUUUUCUGAACUGAACAAAUGUUCAUUGUCCGCUCAAAGCUACAGAAAUAAGGAAUAAGUUAGUUUAGGGCUUUUCUUGUAAACUCUAUAACUUUGCAAAGAAAAGCCAUGAAGAGCUGGGAGAUGCCGCAUUUUAAUCAGAAAUUUGCGGGCUACAAUCAUGUAUUAUUAAGAAAGGUUUUGGGUAUCUUUUAGAGUUUCUAAAAAACUGGUUUUCCAGAAAACGGAUCUUUCGAGGCCUAACUGCCCGUCUUAUGUUGAUAUUCGGAAUCAGCAUGGUUGAUUACCUAUCACCCACUAGGUUUCGUCUCAAAAGCGAUUGAACAGUUGGUGGACCUCCCACGUCAGAAAUGAUUUUUUUUUUCUUUCUCGAAAGUCUUUCCUUUCCGCUUUAUAGCAAAAACAAAGAAGAAAGAGUACGCAAUAGACUUCUUCAUCUUUAUGAAAAUACGAGCGUUUUAUCACUUUUGGUUUAUUUUUGGAAGCGACUUCACGAAGAGCCGAAAAUUGACGGAUUUGUCCACAUGUCCACGUCAUAGUCGAAAAUCCGUUUCUCCCAUUGUAAACGAAUUUCUACAAUUAUGAUCAUUAAGCGAGAAGCGAAUGAAUGUCUUUUGGUGGCAAUGACAUUGAACAGAUUUAUUUUUUGUUUAGCUUUCUAACAGACCAGUGCCUCAGAGCAGGAAGAUUGACGUAAGGUAAGACAAAUAAACAUCAAGACUUCUUGGUUUAUAGCGCUAAUUUUUGUCAGAUAUUGUAAUAUAUAGAGAUGAUAUGAGGGUGUGAGGUUAUUCCAAAUCGUUUUCCAUCCAAUGGUUAAUAGCCAAGGAAGAAUGUAAUUGUUACACAUGCAUUAUUUCAGUAAAUUAACAACUAUAUAUAGUAUAUUUUAGCUACCGGAAGAUCUCUUAGGUAAACUGGGAAAAAUACAUAUUGUACAAGAGAGAGAAAGAGAGAGAAGAAUAGAAAUGAAAAAUACCCAUCGAAGAGUGAUCAGAAAGAGAAAACAUAUCAUAUAAAAGAAGUGUGACUACAUAUAACAGAAGAACAGAAAGGGAAAAUAACCAUCGAGUGAAGAGACAAUGUAUA